AUGGCUCGUUAUCGAGGGAGAUCGCUCAUCUCUUCCUUUGCUCUUGUUCUGAUCGCAUUAGCCAUAUCACCAAGCCACGGCUUUCUCGGCACCGAGAAAAAGAUCAAAUCAGCAGUUUUCUUAUCACCAAAACUGGUGAUGAAUCCAGGAUCAGUCACGAAUUCUUACUUCUUCGACAUGGAUUUCCCAAGAGGGCACUUCGGCUACAAAAGUUUCAACGCUGAAGUGGUCGACGAAUCAGGAAACUCCGUCCCUCUACACGAGACCUAUAUUCACCACUGGGCUGUCGUACCGUACUACGUCCGUAAAGGCUUCAAGAUUUCGCAGCGAGACAUGGAGGCGCAAGAUCCCGAUUAUUAUGUUCCUGUGGACAACGCAGGGCUGUGCAAGAACGAGCUCAGGCAUUUCACUGGACAAGGAUCAGAGACAAGAAAAACCUCCACGUACGUUCCUGAUCCUUACGCGAUCGAAAUCGACAACCCCGAGGAAAGACCUGACGGAUUUGAACUGCAAUGGUUUCUAAACAUUCACGCCAUAGACACGAGAGGCGUGUGGACAAAACAGGAUGCACGGAGUGCUGGUGUGAUCUGUAUAACCUCGGUUAUACCGGUUAAGGCUUAUAUUCUCGAUGUUACUGAUUCUUGGGAAAGAAAAGAGGGAUCAACAGGAGAUAGCCAAGAACAUGAUUGCCAUGUGGAAUACGAUGUGAACCGUGCAACCAACGGCGAUGGAUGCGUUGAUGUCAAGAAGAAGAGCUUAAUGAUGCCGUUUAGUGGAUAUAUUGUCUACGGUGAGCUCACCAGCACUCUGGUGGUCUCGGCGCUUCUCUGUCCCGAGAGGUAA